AUUUAACAACCGCGCUGCUGUACAGCAGAAUACCCGACGUGCCAAAUCCGUUCGGUCUGCUUCGCAUGAUUUUUUCUCGAAGGUGACUAUGGACAUCUCAGACAUUCUCCAAGACCUCAAUCGAGACCCAUUCGACGAAAAUUACGACAGCGGACAUCGACAGCCCUCAGGACAAGCUGACCUACAAGCACUAACUAGAGCCUGGGUCAACGAACGCGGAACUAUAGACCUCCUACGGUAUAUUUACUUCGAUGAUCCUCAAUUUGAGCCUUACAGCUGACGACUUACCUCCCUAGAUGGCCCAAAGACGGCCUGAUCGAACGCGCGACCGAACGAGUAAAGGCGCAAAUCGAAAAGGUCGAGGAAUUGACAGGCGACAUGGAUCCGAAAACAAACUUCAGUCUGAUCAUCAUUCAAACCGAGGUUGAGCGGUGGAAAUUCCUCCUUCGAUCCUACCUACGCGCACGAAUUGCGAAAAUCGAUAAACAUACCCUGUACUACCUUUCCACGCCUGAGUUACAAGAGAGACUUAGUGAGACUGAGAUCGCGUAUGCGACACGACAUCAGCAAUUGCUACAUCAACAUUACCUGAGUAGUUUCCUCGGUAGCUUCCCGCAGAAUUUACAGAAUUUGAAUGAUACUGCUGGAGGUAUUUCAAUGAUAGGCGGUCCGGACGAGGAGGCUGGCGUUUUUGCGAGGGGUCUGGGUUCGAAGGAGAUUGGAGAGGAGGGCGGCGUGUAUGUCAAGUCGAGAGGGAGAGACGCUGAUGGAGAGGUGGAGGUUGAACGGGGGGAGAUUGUCGUUGCCAGAUGGUCGGAUAUCAAGGAACAGGUUGAGCGUGGGGAGAUGGAGCUUGUAUGA